GAAAUGUAAAGUUGUACGGUCAAUGAACUUGUGCGCGAGAGAUUGUACUUCGUAAUAGCUCUUCGUUAGGAACGAUCGUUAGGUAUACAAUGAAGUCCAACAAAAAUAUAAGUAAUAGCGGACUGUGGGGCGAGUUGCCAACAAGGGAGAUGAUUAAGCAGGAAGUGAUAACACCAGAUCUAAUAGAAAACGUUUGGCGACAGGUCAUGGAUGAUUCAAACAGUACAGACUGUGAUUACCGGAUUGAUCGACAACCUGAAUACUUACAAUUACCAAUGGGAAAUCUACAUGUAUUAAACACUAUAAAUCUUCAUCAACAAUUACGUACAAUGGAAGAGGGAACUAUGCUUGGGAAUAUGACUGUUGUAGAGUCAUCAGAUUCAAAAGAUUCAAAAGAUAUAACAUGUUCUAGAAGUCUAUUUCAUUUUCUGCCUUAUCAAUCAAAAAAGAAUACGUUUGAAGAUAAUUCUACUAUAAAUUACUUAACACCAAAAAUUGCACGAAAUUUGUUAAGGCACACUGUGAUCACUUUGUUAGCGCACAUAGGAUAUGAAAAUUCGUCAGAUGUAGCCAUAGAAACGCUUACCGACGCCGCGGAUCACUUUUUAAGGCGGAUGACUCUUCUAUUGAAAGCAGCGACUGAACAGAAAGAUCAUGGAUUUCCUGAUGCCGUGGAAAGAGUAAUGCUGGAGACAGGCGUGGGAAAUGUAUCGGCGUUGCAUGACUACUACCAGGAAUAUAUCUUGAAGUUCGAGGAGAACACGAAGAGGAAAGUCGAGGAAAUGAUGGAGAGACAGAGACUGGAUGAGGCAGCUAACAAGCUGCAAUUCGAAGAGCUCGACGAAUUCAGCAAUGUGUACCGUGAAGUCCCAACGUUGCAGCUGCUCGAUCCCGACAUGGGAUUUCCACCCAGUCUGGACGCUGGCUUUCAAAUGCUCUAUAGUCUCGAGCAGGACGAAUAGACUUUCUUUCUCGAGUUAAAAUAAUCUUGCUGCUAUCGGCCUUCCAGAUUGAAUAACAUAGAAGAGGAAAAAGUGAAUGUGAGCGAUUCCCCGAUUGUGAGACAAUGAUUAGACGAUAUUUAUACAUAAAACAAGAUG